CCGUGCAAGCUAGGCUUGGCUGCGAUCUCAAGCGAUCACCAUAGAACGGUUGAGGCACGUCUGUGCCACGUUCAGUGUGAAUACGAUCCAUCGAGGACAGGCCAAGGCUGUUCCAGCAAAUGAGAUUCGCGGUCCAUAUCCAGAUUCUCAUCUUCGAUCCAAUCUCCACCGAGCAUGCCCACCCCGAUCGAGUACUACUCAUCGACAUCCCAUCGCAGACUCUUCUUCAGGCGCGCCCGCAACCGACACUUCAGGACCAUUGCGCUUCCUCAUCGCCCAAACUAUCCGAGUCGGAUAGACGGUACUUCGUGACGUUCGAGGCCGCGAACCUAUUUGAUUGCGGCGUAUCGUCCGCUGUCUGUUCACGUCGGGCCCUAGAGCCUAACCAAGCUGGACACAAUCGGCAUUGCAGGCUUCCUGCAUGACUACGGCGCCUACAGAACCGAUGUCGACGCAAAAAAGAAAAUCCUAGAGCCAUCCUCCUCAAUCCUUGUGAAGGCACCCUUCACCGCUCGUCUAGCU